AUGGAGCGAGCACAGGCUCAGUCCCGCGAUGGAGCGAGCACGGGCUCAGUCCCACGGCGGAGGGAGCACAGGCUCAAUCCCGCGAUGGAGCGAGCACAGGCUCAGUCCCACGGCGGAGGGAGCACAGGCUCAGUCCCGCGAUGGAGCGAGCACAGGCUCAGUCCCACGGCGGAGGGAGCACGGGCUCAGUCCCGCGAUGGAGCGAGCACAGGCUCAGUCCCACGGCGGAGGGAGCACAGGCUCAGUCCCACGGCGGGGGGAGCACAGGCUCAGUCCCGCGAUGGAGGGAGCACAGGCUCAGUCCCACGGCGGAGGGAGCACAGGCUCAGUCCCACGGCGGAGCGAGCACAGGCUCAGUCCCGCGAUGGAGGGAGCACAGGCUCAGUCCCACGGCGGAGGGAGCACAGGCUCAGUCCCGCGAUGGAGGGAGCACAGGCUCAGUCCCACGGCGGAGGGAGCACAGGCUCAGUCCCGCGAUGGAGGGAGCACAGGCUCAGUCCCACGGCGGAGGGAGCACAGGCUCAGUCCCACGGCGGAGCGGGCACAGGCUCAGUCCCACGGCGGGGGGAGCACAGGCUCAGUCCCACGGCGGAGGGAGCACAAGCUCAGUCCCACGGCAGAGCGAGCACAGGCUCAGUCCCACGGCGGAGGGAGCACAGGCUCAGUCCCACGGCGGAGGGAGCACAGGCUCAGUCCCGCGGCGGAGCGAGCACAGGCUCAGUCCCACGGCGGGGGGAGCACAGGCUCAGUCCCACGAUGGAGCGAGCACAGGCUCAGUCCCACGGCGGAGGGAGCACAAGCUCAGUCCCGCGGCGGAGCGAGCACAGGCUCAGUCCCACGGCGGAGCGAGCACAGGCUAAGUCCCACGGCGGAGGGAGCACAAGCUCAGUCCCACGGCGGGGGGAGCACAGGCUCAGUCCCACGAUGGAGGGAGCACAGGCUCAGUCCCACGGCAGAGCGAGCACAGGCUCAGUCCCGCGAUGGAGGGAGCACAGGCUCAGUCCCACGGCGGAGGGAGCACAGGCCAGGCUCAGUCCCACGGCAGAGCGAGCACAGGCUCAGUCCCGCGAUGGAGGGAGCACAGGCUCAGUCCCACGGCGGAGGGAGCACAAGCUCAGUCCCGCGAUGGAGCGAGCACAGGCUCAGUCCCACGAUGGAGCGAGCACAGGCUAG